ACACGAAAGAGAACCCAACUUUUAGGGUUUAUCAGACCCUCGUUCUUCAAUAAUCAUCAACAGCCAUGCCGAAGCACUACAGACCUGCUGGGAAGAAGAAGGAAGGCAACGCCGCCAGAUACAUCACCAGGUCUCAAGCUGUCAAGUACCUUCAAGUCAGCCUCUCUGUUUUCAGGAGAUUAUGUAUCUUCAAAGGUGUUUUCCCGCGGGACCCGAAGAAAAAAGUGAAGGGAAACCACCAUACUUAUUAUCACAUGAAGGAUAUCUUGUUUCUUAAACAUGAGCCACUUCUUGAUAAAUUUCGUGAGAUGCGAGCGUAUGAGAAAAAGGUUAAGAAAGCUGUGUCUAAGAAGAACAAGGAUCUUGCUGAACGGUUGUUGACUAGAAAGCCUACUUACACUCUUGAUAUGCUUAUUCGAGAGAGAUAUCCGAAGUUCAUUGAUGCAUUAAGAGAUUUGGAUGACUGUCUUACAAUGGUGCACCUUUUCGCUGCCUUACCUGCUAUAGAAAGGGAAAAUAUUCAAGCAGAAAGAAUCCACAACUGUCGAGGGUUAAGCCUUGAGUGGCAGGCGUAUAUCUCCCGUACACAUAAAUUGCGAAAGGCUUUCAUAUCAGUGAAAGGAAUAUAUUACCAGGCAGAGGUUGAAGGUCAAAAGGUGACAUGGUUGACUCCUCAUGCACUCCAACAAGUCAUGCCUCAAGAUGUGGAUUAUAAGAUCAUGCUUACCUUCUUGGAAUUUUAUGAGACUCUCCUUGGUUUUGUUAAUCUCAGACUAUAUCAUUCAAUUAAGUUGAAAUAUCCACCUAUUCUUGAUCCUCGAUUGAAAGCUUUAGCCGCAGAUUUAUAUGCUUUGACAAGAUACGCUGAUGCUAAAGACCGAGCAAUUGGAGCAAAUGAUGAGGAAUCUGAGCUUAGGUUAGCACAGCUUCAGGACCAACUUCCUGCUAAUGAACCUGGUGCAUUAAUGCACCUUGUUGAAAACGUUGCUGAUGAUAACGAAGAUGAUGAAGAAACGAUAGCCUGCAAAACACUCUUCCAGAAUAAAACAUUUUUCUUGGGUCGUGAGGUUCCAAGGGAAUCGUUGCUGUUUGUGAUUACUGCAUUUGGUGGUGUGGUUUCAUGGGAAGGUGACGGGGCUCCAUUUGACGAAUCUAAUCAGGACAUUAAUUAUCAAAUUGUGGACAGGCCAACUCAAAGCCACAGGUUCAUUUCAAGAGACUACGUACAGCCACAAUGGGUAUUUGAUUGUAUAAAUGCGCGUAUCAUACUACCAACUGAAGAGUACAUGGUUGGGAAGGUUCUACCACCACAUUUGUCACCAUUUGUUGACAAUGAAGCGGAAGGGUACGUACCUGAAUAUGGAGAAACCAUAAAAAGGCUUCAAGCAGCCGCAAGAAAAGAAAUCCUUCCAAUGCCAGGUGGCGAACACGAUGAUCUUGAGAAUUCGCAGAAUCUACUUGCUGAAGGUAUCAACGACAGGACAAAAGCUAAAGCUGCUGCUGAGAAAAAACAAGAGAUGGCGCUUCAUGAAAAACAAUAUCAUCAAGAACUAAAGGAGGAAUUAGAAGGAAUGCAGUAUACACCAGAUCCUAAUAUCGAUGACGACGUUAAAAGCAAUGUUGAAGAAAAUACAGAUGAUGUGUCCCCAGAGCAGCUUGUUAAGGAUGAUGAGAAUAUGGCUAUGCUUUCAAUGUCCCGUAAACAGAGAGGACUUUAUGAAGCGAUUAAGAUUUCACAACAAAGGAAAAGGGCAAACGUGGAAACACUAGAGAGAAGGAAGAAAAAUAUUCAAAAAAACAAGAAAACAUCAGAUUGAAAGAUGGUAUAUGAGUCGGGUUGCUGCUUUUCCGAAUGAUAAAUUAUUUUUUUGUAGUUACAUUCUGUUUUUGUUGGAACCUAUUGAAAUCUGAUAUCUUGAAUUAGUACAAGAUAUCAGAUCAAAUUACAAACUCUAGCGGUUCAGAAGCUAGCAAUUUUUGAUCUCGAUGCUUUUCUCCUUCAGAAUCAACUCAUUGAAAGUCCAGAUGCCGAAUGCA